UCCACUUGUCUCUCAUUCACCCGAAACCACUUAUUCUGUCAAUCGAUUCGGGAGGGGAGUCCUAUGGAACAUUGAUGAAAAAAAAAUUAUCACCGGUGAGAGACGGUGGUGUUGAAACCAACGCGCAACGUUAGCGUAACAGCUCUCUUUUCCAUCUGUCUUAUUGGACAUUUGGAGAGAAGAGAGUGAGUGAUAGUUUAUCUUUAUGUGUUUAUCGAGGAGUUAAUUUUUGUUUGUACGUGGUUUAACUGGCACUUGGUCAGUAAAAUGGCAAAGCAAGAGGUGCCAGCAGCGUCCCCCCAAAAAUUCAAAUUAGUUCCAAAAAUUGUGAACGGGGGAAUCGCGGGGAUCAUCGGGGUAUCGGUAGUUUUCCCCCUGGAUUUAGUGAAGACGAGGCUCCAGAAUCAAGUGAUAGGGCCCAAAGGAGAGAGAAUGUAUGCCUCGAUGUUUGAUUGUUUCAAAAAAACAUACAAGGCUGAGGGCUACUUUGGAAUGUACAAGGGGUCUGGUGUGAAUAUUCUACUGAUUACUCCAGAGAAGGCCAUUAAAUUGACUGCCAAUGAUAUGUUCAGACAUUAUUUAUCUCCUGGACCUGGACAACCACUGCCACUAGAACGUGAAAUGCUGGCUGGUGGAUCAGCCGGUGCUUGUCAAAUUGUGAUAACAACUCCCAUGGAGCUGUUAAAAAUUCAAAUGCAAGAUGCUGGUCGUGUUGCAGCUGCAGCUAAAUCAGCUGGAAAAAGUGUUCCAAAAAUAUCAGCAUGGUCAUUAACUCAACAAUUGUUUAAAAAAAGGGGAAUUAUGGGACUUUAUCAGGGAACUGGUGCAACUGCCCUCAGGGACGUCACCUUCUCUGUCAUCUACUUUCCACUGUUCGCACGAUUGAAUGACCUGGGUCCAAAGCGUGAAGACGGAUCUUCUGUAUUCUGGUGUUCAUUCUUGGCUGGAUGCACGGCUGGCUCCACUGCUGCGUUGUUAGUCAAUCCAUUCGAUGUGAUCAAGACUAGAUUACAAGCUAUUAACAAAGCUCCUGGUGAGCCUACGUACAAUGGAGUUCUGGAUUGCAUUAUGACGACGUUGAAAAAUGAAGGCCCAACAGCAUUUUUCAAGGGCGGUGCAUGUCGUAUGAUCGUGAUAGCCCCUCUAUUCGGUAUAGCACAAACAGUCUACUACCUCGGUGUCGCUGAAAAUCUCCUAGGUAUUAAAUAAAGCAACUGAAUCUGCCAGUAUCCUGCAGUAUUGAAGUACCCUGAGAAAACGUUGACAAUAAUAAUGAAUAUUACGAGAAUGCAAGUAA